AUGUCCUACUACGAACGUGAUCGCCCCAGAGGCAUGCGCCGCCUUUAUGUUGGAAACUUGAACCGUUACGUUCGCGAGCGUGAUUUAGAUCGCAUGUUCUCCAAGCUUGGCAGAGUGAGGGAUUUGGAACUCAUGUCUAGCUUUGCUUUUAUUGAAUACGAUGAUCCACGUGACGCCGAAGAUGCCAUUAGAGAAUUCCAUGGCACACGUUUGGAAGGCGAUCGUAUCAUCGUUGAAUUUGCAAAGAGCCGACGUGGUUACGAAAACCGUAGAAACGACCGUUUUGGUGAACGUUGCUACAAUUGCGGUGAAAUCGGACAUAUUUCAAGAGAAUGUUCUUUGCCCAAGGGAAGUGGUGAACGUGCUAUGCGCUUUGAAGAAAACCGUUGCUUUGAAUGCGGCCAACCAGGUCAUCGUGCCCGUGAUUGCCCUGAUCGUGGUGCUGGUGGAAGUGGUGGCGGUGCAUCCAGCCGAAGACGUUCGAGAUCGCGCUCUCCCUCUCGUCGUCGUGAUCGUUCGCGUUCUCCCCGUCCCAGAUCUCGUUCUCCACGCCAACGCUCUCGCUCUCGUUCCCGUAGCCCUGCUAGACAUUCGAGAAGAUACUCUGGUGAACGUGAAGACCGUAGCCGCUAUGAACCUGAAGAUGAGCAACGUUAUGAAGGCAAUGGCAGUGGUAAUGCCGACAAUUAUUAA